AUGAAGCUAAAAGACCCAGGGAGUUUCACUAUUCCUUAUUUUAUUGGUAACCUAAAUGUUAAUAAUGCAUUGGCUGAUUUAGGGGCUAGCAUUAGUGUUAUGCCUUAUAAAUUAUUUAAGAAAUCAGGACUAGGAGAACCGAAACCAAUACUCAUGAGUGUUCAGCUAGCUGAUAAAUCUUUUGUAUACUCUAGGGGUGUCAUUGAAGAUGUGUUGGUAAAUUUUCAAAAGUUUAUUUUUCCUGUAGAUUUUGUGAUCAUGGAUAUGGAUGAGGAUGUUGAUGUUUCCCUUAUCCUUGGCAGACCCUUUCUUGCUACAACUAGAGCCAUUAUUGUUGUUCAUGAUGGUAAGCUGAUUCUUAGGGUAGAGGAUGAACAAUUGACUUUUCAACCCCCCAAUAGUAUGAAACAUCCACUUGCACUGAAUGAUAUGGAUUCUAGUGAUGAUAUGAUAGAGCAUGAAACUAAACAGGAAAAAUUGGAAACAUCAAAAGCUGUUGAGCAGUUAGUUUAUCUAGAGGCUGGGAAAUUGAUAAAGAAGUGGAGAUUUAAAGUUGUUGAGAUGCCCAACAAAGAAAGAAUGAAGCCUCCUAUUAAAGACCUACCAACUUUGAAGUUGAAGCAGUUCCCAUCUCAUUUAGAAUAUGCAUAUUUGGUGGAGAUGAUUAAGCUCCUUGAUGCGGGUUGA